AUGGACAGUUACUUCAGAGCUGCAGUGUGUGACCUGGACAAGCUGCUCGAUGAGUUUGAGCAGAAUACAGAUGACUAUGAGCUCUUCAGGACUCCUCAGAGUACAUGUGACCUGAAACAGCAUUCUCUCCCCUCCGUGCUGGAUUGCCUCCAGGACCUGUGCCUCACAGCACCGCUGCCAGAGGACCCUCCCCACUGUGCUGCCCCAGCGGGGAGCUCUGCAGGGAGCCACGCGCUGCUGGGGUGCUCCCGACAGAGGGACAGAAGUGUGGCUGGGCCCGACCUGCUCUCCACGGUGGACAGCAGCUCCCUGAGCGAGGCUCAGGCCUGCAGCCUCGGGAGGGGUGGAGUGCCUGUGUGUGACCUCAUCAAUGCCCUCUCGGUGGCUGCUCCUGGGAGCUCUCAGCACCUGCAGUGCAACAGCUUCCUGCAUGACACGGGGUGGAGUGGCUUCAGCACAUCCUGCGCUCCUCUUCCUGCUGCGGUGUCACCACCUGCCACUCCCAGGAUGGGGCAUAGCGGUGGGGACUCUGUGCUGCAAGGGUCAGGCUGUCUCGGCGCAGAGGAGGUUAACCACCCUGCUCUAAAAUCAGACAGUUGUGCCACAGGAAAGAGCUCAGGUCUAUGUGGCUAUCAACACAGGACAGAACCUGGGAAGUGUGAGGAGCCUGAUCAGCCUGAAGAGGCUGCUGAGUGUGCCCCUGUGACACCACAGAGUUCAUACGAUCCCAGAGAUGGGGAAGCCUGUGGAAAUCUGCCUUGUGACCCACAGGGUGACAGUGCACACUCUGCAGCAAGCAGAGAGGUGUGUGAAGGACUUGCCACAGGAGAGGGAGACGCAGAAGAUGGGAGCAGGCUUGGAUCCAUGCCUGCAGCUCUGGCAAAGAGGGACAGGGGCCGUGCAGCAUCACCUGGCAGUGGAGUUUCACCAGUCUCCUCAGGUCAGGCAGGAGCUGAGGUGGAACUGGGGAAGGAAACCACCGAAGGGGAUGCAGGGAGUGAAGAACUGAGCGGCAGUGAAAUACCAAGCACUGUUGACUGUCCGUGUGUUCCAGCUGAGGAUGUCCAGACCUCUCUGUCCUGUCUCUCACUCCCUGUGUCUGUGUGUGGCUCAUUAGUGAUGGCAGAAGAGAGAGCUGAUCCUCUACCUCAGAAUGCAGGGGUUAUUAGUGAUACUGUAACUGCUCAUGCUGCAAAUCCUCAGGCUGAUCUCCUUGGGAGGGAAUCCUGUGGAAACACUGACCUGCAGGAGGAAUGUUUAGCUGGAAUCAGUGAUGUGGAGACAAGUAGAGGUGGAGAGAAGGCCAACACUGGGAGUGUAGUGAAUGAUGGAGACUCUCAAGCAAUGGAAGCUUUUCCUUCUGCCUUUCUGAACUAUGAGGCUGAGCCGUGUAGUGUUGGAGUGGACAUGUUCUAUGAUGGAAGCACGAGCCCAGUUCUGUCUGACUUUGUUGAGGAGAGUGUUAUCAAAGAUGACUCUCUAAUCAGUGAUGCUGAGCUCGAUGACUUCUUGUAUGGGCAGAGCCUUGAGUCCAACGCAUUGGAGCCUUUAGACCAUGAUGGUGAUGUGGUGGGAGGUGAUGCAGGUGAAGGGGAUUUAGCAAAGGUGAACAAUGUGGAGGACGUGCCUGAGAGUGGCAGUGAAGCUCUGGUUCCUCCUGUUCAUAGUGAAGGUGCAAGGCCAAAGCAGCUGCUUGGCCGUUCCCAUGGAGCUGCUGGUCAGACACCACUGAGCAGGACAGAUGUGCCAGAGAGAGAGAACCUGGGAGGUGUCUCUGCUCCCCCAGCAUCUGCUAUGCAGGGCACCAGUAGCAGCUCUGACCCCGGAGAGGGCAGCUCUGGAGGGGGUCAAACAUCCCAGUCCCCAGGAGCACCUGGAGUUCUGCCCUGGAAGCAGCCCCUAUGGGUCCCUGACUCUGAGGCACCCAACUGCAUGAGCUGCCAGGUCAGGUUCACCUUCACCAAGAGGAGACACCACUGCAGGGCUUGUGGCAAG